UUUCACACCGGCACGUUUACGCUCAUGUCUUCAACAUUCCGUGGCCAUUAAUCUCUCUCUAGAAUUCCUAGUUCGAUACGCAUUCUCCUCCCCUCUCCAGAAUCUUCCUAACAAACACCGGAAUAUAUUCUUAAGCUCUUUUCUUCUUCCUUCUCUAGUUUUACGAAUUUUCAAAUUGAUUGUAAGUUUAAUAAAGUGAUCUUUGAAAUCUUUAUAGAUUCGUAAUUGAUAUGCAAUUUAUUUUUUUAAAGAUUUAACUGUAUACAGAUGCCAAAGAGCUCCGAUGAAAUCAAGUAUUACUUUUUGAUUUCCCUUUCCUAACCACUGCCUAUAUAUCAUAGUCAAUCGUUCGAGAUAUCUUCCCAAAUCUUCUCUUUAUAGUAUCAUUCUGAACUGAAGAUCAUCCACAGGCGUUCAAACCUCGUUUCAAUCUGGCUAAUAAGUGGCACUUGUUCGAGUUGUCUCUUACUCAUGUUCUGGUUUCCAAUUCAAUAAUUGCCAAAAGUCUUCAUUCACUCUGGCCGCUGCAGCAAAAUUGAAUUCCCGCACCUCUUGCUGCUGCGUAUGGGGUGACGAGGAAGAACUGAUUUCACUUUGCGUUUUAAGAUUAAGAUCAAGAUCAUCGCUCAUAUGGAGAUUAUGUCGCGUUUCAGAAGGAUUGUCACUUGAUUAUGGCUAAUAUCUUUAUGGAAUAAGCCAAAGAAUACCUUAGGAAAGAUGUGACUAAAGAAAAUUAGAGAAAUCGAACAAUUUGUUUCAAUAAUUUGCAGGUUUUUCGAUCAAGAUGGUUAGUUUCUCAUGCUUUCGUUCAAGUAUGCAUUCCAACAAACCAAAAAAAACAGCCCAUCUAGAGAUUCAUAAAUCAGCGGAGAAUCCUGUAAAUACUCUUUCUGCUGAUUGUAGCUGGAACUUCAACUAUGCUGAGAAACAGUCCCAAAAUUCACCUCAUAUUAAGAAGAGUUUAUCUCUAGGAAGUGCACUCGAUCGGGUUGGACAAGCUUCAUCAUUUAAUGACUUGGAGGGUGAAACAGAUAUUGAAUCUCGUUCUUCGCCAAAUCAAAGGGAGGAUGAACCGCCUGGCAAGGAUUUCAUGACGAAACGUAUCGACGAGUGGGUCACUAAUCAACUGGAUUGUAGCGGUUUUGAAGAUGAAGUGUGUAAUGUGGUUGAACAUCAGGGAGAGAAAGUCGAAGUUGCUGGAAGAUUAGACUGUAAGAUUGACCCGAGUAUGGAAGUUGCAAAGAGAUACAUUUCUUCUUUGAGUUUAACAGCCUCUUCUGCUCAAUUGGCCAAUCAUGGAUUGCUUGUUAUACCAUUUCUCAGCGUUUUCGGUUGCUUAAAGGCGAUCAACUUAUCCGGGAAUGCUAUAGUAAGGAUAACGGCCGGUUCUCUUCCUCGAGGUCUCCAUAGUUUGAAUAUAUCGAAGAACCAUAUAUCGGUUAUUGAAGGUCUCCGUGAUCUUACUCGUCUUCGUGUUCUCGACUUGAGCUGCAAUCGGAUAAUCCGAAUCGGACAUGGAUUGGCUUCAUGUUCUUCUUUGAAAGAGUUGUAUCUAGCGGGUAACAAGAUUAGCGACAUAGAGGGUCUUCAUCGGCUUCUAAAACUGAACGUACUCGAUUUGCGUUUCAACAAAAUCUCGACAUCCAAAUCCCUCGGUGAGCUUGCAGCUAACUACAAUUCAUUACACUCCAUUAAUCUUGAUGGGAAUCCAGCCCAGAAAAAUGUUGGAGAUGCACAACUGAAAAAGUAUCUUCAAGGGCUUCUUCCCCGUUUGGAUUACUAUAACAAGCAAGCUAUUAAAACCGGAAGUUUGAAAGAUAUAGUUGAACGAUCAACUCGGUUAGGGACACCUGUUGAUCGUGGUUAUAGAUCGGAUCGUAAGACUCUGAGAAAGGGAACACCAAUAACAAUGCAUUCGUCUUCUACUCAUAGAGUGUCAUCGUCAAAUCAUGGACAGAGACAUCAAACCGGGACUAAAAAUAGUAAUUCGGGGCUGAAUCACUUGAUGAGGCGUAGUCAAAGUGAGGGAAUUCUUUCCGAACUUUGAACCAAUCUUCAUUUGAAAUGAAUAAAGUGUAUUGUUGGAAGAAUUGUAUUGAAUUGAUUUUGCUUUAUUAAUACUAUUUUCUUGCUUUGUCUUA